UAAAGGAGGGACUGCAGAAAGCUGUAAGAGACCAAACGGUAAAGGCCAUUGUGAUUUGUGGAGCAGAUGGCCAGUUCUGCGCAGGUGCUGAUAUCCAUAGCUUCAGCCUCUCAAGGUCCUCUGACUUCUUACUGGGACUCUUAGUAGAUGAUAUCCAAAGAAGUGAGAAGCCCGUGGUGGCGGCUAUCCAAGGCAUGGCUUUAGGAGGGGGACUAGAGCUGGCCCUCGGCUGUCACUACCGGAUUGCCCACGCAGAGGCUCGAGUUGGCUUACCGGAAGUCACACUGGGCAUCCUUCCUGCUGCGAGAGGAACCCAGCUUCUUCCGAGACUCAUUGGAGUUCCUGCUGCACUUGACUUAAUUACCUCAGGAAGGCAUGUUUCGGCACAUGAAGCCCUCAAGCUGGGCAUCGUAGAUGAAGUUGUAAACUCAGACCCCAUUGAAGAAGCAAUCAAACUAGCCCAGAGAGUUUCAGGUCAACCUCUAGAAUCCCGUAGACUCUGCAACAGGUCAGUUCAGAGCUUGCCCAACAUGGACGCCAUCUUCCAUGAAGCCUUUCUGAAGAUGCGGAAGCAGUACCCUGGGCGCCUUUCUCAGGAGGCUUGUGUUCGUGCGGUUCAGGCCGCUGUGCAUUAUCCUUAUGAGGUGGGCAUCAAGAAGGAGGAGCAGCUGUUUACGUACCUUCAGGAAUCAGGGCAAGCUAGAGCCCUACAGUACGCUUUCUUCGCUGAGAGGGCGGCAGAUAAGUGGUCCACUCCCUCUGGAGCAUCCUGGAAAACAGCAUCGGCAAGGCCUGUCUCCUCAGUUGGCGUUCUUGGCUUGGGAACAAUGGGCAAGGGUAUCGUCAUUUCUCUUGCAAGGGCCAAGAUCCCUGUGGUUGCUGUGGAAUCAGACAAGCAGCAGCUGGAAACUGCAAACAAGGUAAUAAACUCCUCCUUGGAAAAGGAAGCAUCCAAAAUGCAGCAGGAUGGCCGGCCCUGGUCAGGACCAAAGCCCAGGCUAACUGGGUCUAUGAAGGAGCUUGGUGGUGUGGAUUUAGUCAUCGAAGCAGUAUUCGAGGAAGUGAGCUUGAAGAAGCAGGUCUUUGCUGAACUGUCAGCCAUAUGCAAGCCAGAAGCUUUUUUGUGCACCAAUACAUCGGCCCUGGACAUCGAUGAGAUAGCUUCUGCCACCGACCGGCCUCAGUUGGUCAUUGGCACCCACUUCUUCACACCGGCACACAUCAUGAAGUUGUUGGAGGUUAUUCCCAGCAAGUACACCUCUCCCACUACUAUUGCCACUGCUAUGAGCUUAGCAAAAAAGCUGAAAAAAAUUGGAGUAGUGGUAGGGAACUCUUUUGCAUUUGUUGGGAAUCGAAUGUUGGUGCCUUAUUACAAUCAGUCGUAUUUCUUGUUAGAAGAAGGCAGUAAGCCAGAGGAGAUAGAUGGGGUGCUGGAAGAGUUCGGUUUUAAAAUGGGACCCUUUAGAACGUCCGAUCUUGCUGGGUUGGAUGUGGGUUGGAGAACUCGGAAGGGGCAAGGUCUUACUGGACCUGCGUUGCCUCCAGGAACUCCUGCCCGAAAACGAGACAAUGUAAGAUAUUGCCCAAUUCCUGAUAUGCUCUGUGAGCUAGGAAGAUUUGGCCAAAAGACAGGUAAGGGUUGGUACCAAUAUGACAAGCCAUCGGGUAAGAGUUACAAACCCGACCCCUGGCUUGCCAACUUCCUGUCACAGUAUAGAGAAACCCAGCACAUUGAACUGCGUACCAUCAGCCAGGAUGAGAUCCUUGAGCGCUGUCUAUAUUCGCUCAUCAAUGAAGCAUUCCGUAUCUUGGGAGAGGGGAUAGCUGCUAGCCCCGAGCACAUCGAUGUUAUCUAUUUGCAUGGGUAUGCAUGGCCAAGGUAA